UAAUUAAAGGGCGUGGUGUGUGCACCAUUGCUCGUGCUUUUUGAGUGUUCUUUGGUAAGAGAGUCUUCUUUUAAGCUGAAUCUCUGUUAACUUGUCUUCACCCUAUUACGAUAGGUAAAAUAUUAAGCGAUAGCCCCAGCGUCGUUACAUUUGGAGGUCCCACCGAGAUCCAGGAAGAAAAUCGAAGAGGAUUCGCCAUGCCCAUGACUAAGGCCGAGAUGAAGGUCCAGCUGGACGAGGCCCGUGCCUCAGUAGAGUCUUUUAAGCAGGAGGUGAAUCGGAUUACAAAGGAGAAGGAUGCUUUAGCUGCUCGAGUAGAGGAGGUCACCGAGCUACGCGCAACGAUUGAGGAGCUGAGAAGAGAAACUCAAGGAGACGCCACAGGUGAUCUUGAGGAUCAGCUUGCGGAAACCCGGUGGAGGCUAGAGGAGUCAGAGAGGGAAUCUGAAGUUGCAGUCCUGAGAGCAAAAGAGACCACCAGAGAAGAACUGCAGCAGACACACAAGCGGGAGCUUGAAUCUUCGGAUUACUUGAUCCAGUUACUCAGGGAGAAGGUAGAGCAACUGCAGCAGCAGGUGGAAACUACUGGUGAUGGAGCUCGUCGCCGACCAACAGGUAUGAGAUUCAGUGAGACACUAACCAAGUUUAACGGGGAAGACGUAGAUGAUGAAGGAGCGUUUUUGAGGUGGCUCCGUAAGCUAGAAUGGAUAGCUGAAUUAUGAGUGGAGAGAUG